AUGCCUUUCUCUUCCCCAUUUCCAACCAUUGAUAUCCCAAAGUGCAAUUUACUCGAGUAUCUGUUUCCGAAGGGUCAUGAACCCACGGAUACACCAAUAUGGAUUGAUGCGAAAGACACAAACCAUAAUCUCACCCCAAGGGCCUUAUUACAAUGGUCGAAGCGCUUAGCAUUGGGCCUCGACAGGCUAGGUAGCAGACCUGGUGAGGUGGUGAUGAUUUAUACUCCAAAUCACAUCUUCGUACCCGUCGCAUAUCUUGGAAUUGUGGGAUCGAAGAGAGUCUUCAGUGGAGCGAAUCCCGCAUACACAUUAUCUGAAAUGGUCCACCAAGUCUCAAACACACAAGCGCAAUACAUCCUCGCACACCCUUCCCUCGCAAAAACCGCCGUGCAAGCAGCGCGAAAAGCUGGUCUCCCUGAUGGCCGCGUCUUCCUCUUCUCAGACGUUCCCAACACCUCAAUUGAAGGAUGUCGAGAUUGGCGAGAAUUCCUCCCUACCCCUUCAGAAGCCGAUGCAUACAACUUCCCCCAUCUCUCCGCAAAGGAAGCCACCGAAACAACCGCAACAGUCAACUAUUCCUCCGGCACCACCGGACUGCCAAAAGGCGUCGAGGUCAGCCAUCACAACCUCGUAGCCAAUCUGGAGCAAACAAUCUACAUGCGAUACCUGCACAAACCAUGGAACGCGAACUCGCGACCCCGGGAGGUCUGGAUAGGCUUCCUGCCUCUCUACCACGCCUAUGGCCAACUCUACACAAUCGCAAUGGCACAGAAACUCCAAGUCCCAGUGUAUAUCAUGAAGCAGUUCCAGUACGAAGAGUUCCUGCGCGUGAUCCAGAACCAGAAAGUCACACAUCUGCAAGUGGCGCCACCGAUCAUGGUUAUGCUGAGCAAGAGACCGGAGACCGCGAACUAUGAUCUCAGUAGUGUUACGGACAUCCUUUGUGGUGCAGCGCCUUUGUCGAAAGAACUGCAGAAUGAGAUAUCGAAGAAGCUGGGCUGCGAGAUUUUGCAGGGUUGGGGGAUGACGGAAGUUACCUGUGGAGCCAUACAUGUUCCAGGCGGCACUAUCGAUGACUCGGGAAGCGUAGGACAGCUUGAUCCUAACUGCGAAUGCAUGUUGCUUGACGACGACGGCAAGGAGGUUGCGGCCGGCCAACCAGGAGAGCUCUACAUUCGUGGACCACAGAUCUGCCUAGGCUACUGGCGCAAUCCACACGCGACCAAAGAGUCACUGAGUCCGGAUGGCUGGCUGAAGACAGGCGACGUCGCCGUUGUCAAAGAUGGGUGGUUCUGGAUUGUGGAUCGCAAGAAGGAACUCAUCAAAGUCAACGCUCUCCAAGUCGCCCCCGCGGAGCUCGAAGCGGUUUUACUCGAAUUUGAUCCCAUUGCCGACGCUGCAGCAGUGGGGAUAACGCUCGACGGGCAGGAAUGGCCACGAGCGUAUGUGCAUCUCAAAGACGAGUUUAAAGGAAAGACCACUGAAGAGGAUAUCCACGCACAUAUGAAGGAUAAGGUGGCGAAGCAUAAACAAUUAGUCGGAGGCAUUUCAUUCGUUGAUGAGAUUCCGAAACUGCAAAGCGGGAAGAUCAUGAGAAAGGUGGUUAAGGAGUGGUCUAAGAGGGAUGCAGCAGCUAUGCAAGGUCAAAAGCCCAAGGCGAAGUUGUAA